AAACGCAUUUGGAACGAAAUUCAGACGGUAGAUUUGGCCUACGAUUUUGAUAUCUGAACUGGGACUGCCAGUCUAGACUCUAUUCUAGAAUACCCCAGAUUCUAGAUCUUAUAUAGAUCUAGAUUUAGAUCUAAUCAUUAGGUAUGAGCCUUCUGUUUGGUUUUCAUUGAUCCCAGAAUUCUUCAUUAAUAGCAGCAGCAUAACAUAUUGCUAUUCUUAGCACAAAGCCCAGAAUAUUAAAAUCAACCACAUUGCAAUAAAUUGGUUGCUACCCAGGAUUUAAAAUGUCGUUAAAUAAAUUUAUGCAUCCAAGGAAUCGUUACAAAAACAGCAAGCCAAGUUUUUUAAAGCUUGCACUCAAGUAUCCUGAGUUCAGAGCACACACCACCCAAGAUGAAAGUGGAAAAGUUUUUCUUGAUUUUAAGAAUGCCGAAGCUCUUAAAGCCCUGACCACUUGUCUCUUGAAAGAAGAUUUUAAUCUAACUGUAGACCUUCCAUCUGAUAGACUUGUUCCUACUCUGCCUCUUCGCCUCAAUUAUAUUCACUGGAUAGAAGAUAUUAUUGGAACAGAUGCUGGCAAAUGGGGAAUAGAUAUUGGAACAGGAGCAAGCUGUAUUUAUCCUCUACUGGCCUCAACUAUGAAUAAAUGGCAGUUUUUUGCAACUGAAGCUGACCCAGAAAAUGCUUUCUUUGCAAACAAAAAUGUAUCAGACAAUGGAUUAAAAGAUUUAAUUCAUGUCAAUCAUGUUACUUCCGAGGAUAUUUUGAUUGCACCUCUAAAAACAUUUACACAAACAGAUAAAUUUGAUUUCUGUAUGUGCAACCCCCCAUUCUUUGCUGAUCACAUGGAGGCUCAAGCAAUUACAAAAACACGAUCAUUGGACCGCCCUGAAGCUAAGUCCGUCUCCACAGCUAGCCCACAAGAGUGUAUAGCAACUGGGGGAGAAGUUGGAUUUAUCAGGCAGAUGAUUGAGGAGUCUGUUUUACUGCAAGACAAAAUAAGAGUGUAUACCAGCAUGGUUGGCAAGAAAUCUAGUUUAACCCAGUUAAAAGAAGAAUUUAGACACCAAAAGAUAACUAGGUUUUCAUCUACUGAAUUUUGUCAAGGAAAAACAAUGAGAUGGGGUAUAGCUUGGACAUUUGAUGAGAGUGUCACUUUUCCAAAAUCAGAAUUUGAAUCAAGAAAAGAAAAACCACCACUACAGUACAUAGUGCCGAAGGGGGCUGGAAAUGUUGAGUACAAAGUCCAUGAAGUAGCAUCACAUCUAAGAAAUCUGAUGGAAUCAAUUAAGGUUCACUGUUAUCAAGGUAAGAAAGCCAAGUCCUAUUCCAGCAUGACGCUAACAGCAGUGGAAAACACAUGGUGUCAUCAGCGCAGAUUGAGACGACAACGCCAGAAACAGAAUGAUGACCAGCCAGAACAAGAUACAGAAUCAAAAGCUAAUACAGAAUCAGAGGUCAAAGAUGCUACUGAUAAAGCUAUUGAUGUUCUAAAUGGAAACAUAAGUGAAGAUAAUAGUAACAAAAGGUCUUUAGAUGAUCCUGAAGAGGUAUCUAAUGCCAAGAAACUUAAACUCAACAACAACACUCAAGAGCAGAUUGUAACUUCUGAAAAAGUUUCUAAUAUUAACCUACAGUCUUCCAAUUCUAUAGUUAAAGGCUCAUACAGUGAGAAAACAGAUAAUCCUAGUUGCAGUAAGGAAACUGAUCCAAGCCCAGUGACUCAUGAGGAUGUCUCCCCUAAAGAAUUUAUUCUAAAAUGUGUCAUGCGCCUGAAGCGGAAUGCAGAUGACCAGGUAACGAUGGAACUGGAGUGGCUGGAUGGGAAAUCUCGUGAACUGAUGCACCAACUUUUUACAUUCAUCAAAAAUAAGUUGACAUCCAGACAACCUUAAGUUUCAGUGCUGUUACUAUAUUCAUGGUGUAGAAUUAAACCAAUAUGAUCCAGUCUUUUCCAAAAAAUGUAAAAUCUGUAUACAAUUUUGGAAUUUUUUUCCAGGUAUUAUGAGUUCAUGUGUUCUCGGUAUAUGAAAUACUGAUGUGAAUGUUAAAAUGUUAUUGAAUAAAAAUUUAAAAAUC